AUGUUGGUAGACGAGUAUGCUGAUCAUGACGACUCAUCAGAAGAUUCCAUCGUUGCUGCUGUUUCUUCAGGCCCUACAAGUAAGGAAAUAAGGUUAGCUCAGGAUGUGGAUUUACAGUUACAAUCGUGGAUUUCGAAUCAUAAAAAAAAAGAUUCAGGUUAUCGUCCAGCCCUGGUUGACUUUGGUGAUAAAGAAGUUUGGUGUCAGAUGUCAUCCAGUUCUCCUAAAAUUCUUGUUCCGACAUCCCUCCAGAGCGUGAUUUUCCGAGUUUUCCAUGAAGUUGGUCAUCCUGGAAAUAAGGCAACAUAUAAGAUGAUUUCAAAGGGGCACUAUUGGCCAAACAUGAGGAAAGAAAUUUCGUUAUGGACAAAAUCAUGUAUUUCGUGUCAAAUGAACAAGGUUCACCGUCAUACAAAGUCACCUAUAGGUUCGAUUCCACUUCCAUCGAGCAGGUUUAGCGAUUUAAAUGUUGAUAUCGUUGGCCCCAUUAACCCACCACAUCGUGGCAAAAAUUAUCUGUUUACGAUAAUCGACAGGUGGUCGGGCUAUAUGGAGGCUUAUCCCAUGGAUCAGAAAGGUUUGGGGUCCAACGCCGAGGCAUGCUCACGUCACUUCCUACGUUGGUGUUCAACAUUUGGUACCCCAUCAUCUGUUACUUCGGACAGAGGCAGCCAAUUUGUUAGCCGUCUUUGGUCAUCUACAAUGUCAUCGCUCUCCAUCACCCACAACCUCACACGGCCUACAAUCCUAAACACAACGGGAAGGUGGAACGACUACAUCGAACUCUCAAAAAUUCCAUUCGUUCCAGGCUAAAUGGUCGUACAAACUGGGUAGAUGAGCUUCCGUGGGCACUUCUAUCACUGCGAAAUUCUCCAAACACAGACUCCGGUGUUUCUCCGUCAGAGAUUGUUUUCGGAGAGAAGACGAAGUUUCCUGGAGAAAUCAGGCAGUCUCCUUCGGAAUCAUCAACAUCUGUCUUUGCUUCAUCACUAAUGCAAGCUAUUAAAAACCAAGUCCCACCGAAAGAAGAAUGGCAUCAGCCGAGUGUUGUUAAAACUUUCGUACCUAAAGAAUUGUUUUCUUGUAAACAUGUAUUCGUCAGGGUUGACAAAGUCCAACCCGGACUCAAGCAAAAGUUCACUGGUCCUUUCGAAGUUGUAUCACGUUCACCAAAAUCUUUCCUUGUCAAGCUUGAAACGGGAGAAGAUUUCGUCAACAUCGACCGACUGCGUCCUGCGUUUCUUCAAGAACAAUAA